GACUGGUGUUUUCAGGAGCGAGCAGAGUCCGAUCCGGUUCCUGCCUUUCAGAUCCGAGGCCGGGUUAUGGUCGGUAAAGUCCCUGGGGACGUCAGUUUGAAAACACUGGAGGAGAUCGCGUUACCAAGGAGAGAGGUCAGGGGGAAGAAUUGUGUGAGUUGGACAAGAAAUGCAAUUGAGGUGUUGCAGGGGAUUGGUGUUGUGGAGAAGUUUGAGAUUGAGAUGCUCAUGGAUGACGCAUUGGGAUUUGCAGAUGAGUGUCUCAGGAACCAGGAGAUAAAGAUGUUGAAUUAUACAAAACGGGCGAUGUAG